AUGGCAUCCUACCUCUCCUACUUCACCUCCAACAAUAACGCAUCCAGUGCCCCUCCAUCCUCACACGGGGGAACACCACAACCAUCGGGCUCGACAUGGUCUAGCACCUUUUCCUCUCGCAUAGCGACGCUUCGGAAGGCAUUGACGAAAGACUCUGAGGACGACGACCCAGACAAUGAAGAUUGCUCACACAUAUCCAACGUACUGCGUGCCUAUUACACCGAAAAACAAAGAGCGCUUCCUGAGUGGCUUCCUCCGGACCCAAAACGACCGGUUGCUCCCCCUCCACAACCACAAGGGUCUUACGGCCAGUACGGUAAUGCGUACGGUGCUGGGUAUGGGGCUCAAAAUACACACGCGCGAGGCCCAUCCGGCGGACGGGGAGGGGGGCUCUCCGACCUGUGGGAUCCUGCCCCAGCUGUGAGUGCACCACCUCCACAGAGUCUCCGAGCAGCUAGACCUACACCUCAAUCACUCCGGUCCAACGACUCGUUACGGGCACAAUCACAAUCUCAGUCUAGUGGUAGCGGACAAACGACGCCUUAUGGUGCUACACUGGGGGCAGCCCGACCCUUGCCAAGUCAGCGAGCUGGAAGUUAUCAGACUGCGAAUCCAGUUGCGAACCAAGCAGGAGGCCUAGGCUCACGUGAUCGUCUUCGUGCCCGCUUACAAGGGGGCGGAAGUGGACGGAGCAGUCCUUCGGCGGGUCUGAAUAGUGGUGGGAGCAGUGGAAGCCAGCAAUCCUAUGGAGGAUCUGGUGGAAACUAUGGUACUCAAAAUCGGGGCGGUCCAUCACAGCCGUUUGUUUCCGCAUCUGAACCUUGGGCGACCAGUGACCCAUACUCUUACAGCGGUAACUACGACGAUGGCGGGCUCUCUAACACAAACCAAUACGGAAACCAAGGCCACCGACAACGGCCUGGGGGACCAAGAUAA